GGGCAGAAGGGCACCGAGGGCAACGGCCCAGCUCCCUCCAGCAGCCUGCACCGGCCCCCACCUCGCCCUGUGCCCCCCGGCCCCCUGCCGCUCCUGCCCACCCUGCGCCCUGUGCCUGCCGCCAGCCCCUGCCCCUGUCUCGGGCCCAGCCACCCCCUGCUCCUGGCCCUGCUGGGCCUCCUGGCCCUGGCGAGCCUGGUCCUGGCCACACUGGCCCUCUACCUGAGUGUCCUGCAGAGCCAGUCGGUGCGGGCGCUGGCCCAGUGGCUGGAGAGCCAGGAGGACGCGGUGCACCAGCUGCGGGCAGCCAGUGUGCAGCUCUGGGCUCGUCUCAACGCCAGCGCCGAGCCCGGCGGGCACCGCUGAGCUGCUCUGGCCCCACCAUGGGCACCAGGCCACCAGGGGAAGGGGCACCGAAGGUUGGGAGGGGGGAGCAGGCAGCCCUACCACCCCCCCAUCCUGCUCAGACCUGGCAGCAUCGCCCCAUG